GCAUCCUAAGGAGAGGGGGUCCUCCUUGAUUUCAUAAUCUGGGGAAUGCCUUUGGUAGCUGCCUGCUGUGGGGCUUCGCCUUCUCCUUCUGCAAACGCGGCGAAGUUCCCUGGCCGGGGCAGAGGGUGGCAUCAGGCUGGUUGCAGGCCCCGUCCGCAGCCGCCCCCCAAAGCCUUGGCCAGUCUUGGGGGGGCUCCCCGGUCUUCCUGCUGGUCUACGGCCCCCUUGGCGCUUCUCCACGCUCAGUGGCCGUCUGGCCCGCUGGGCUCCUCCAAUGGCCGCCAAGUGGUUCAAGGAAUUCCCAGCGAAUCUGAAAACCGUCUCGGAUCGCCCCAAACCGGGUGCCACUCACCAUCACCUGGGCAAAUCGGGCGGCACCUCCCGCAAAGGCUUAGCCUCGCCAGAGGCAAGUUCGUUGCCCGGGAAGAACCGGAAAAAUUCAGCCACCGAGCUGGGCGGUGCCAGGACUCUGCUGGCGCCCGGGAAAGAUGGGGGGAAUAGCCGCCUGUCACGGGACAACCUCCAAGGCCUUUUGCAGGCCGCUGCGGGGAAAAUGCGCAAGAAUUCCCGUGUGGAGGGGGCCCCUUCGGAGGAUCCGGCCUGGGGGCCCCCCAAAGCCAACCCCACCUGUGGGACCUACAUCAACCGCCUCAUCAAAGUCAAUGCCCAGGAGAAGAAUGGGAAAAACUUUGCUGGAUCGGCUCCGAAUCCCAGCUCAGUCCUGCCGGCCGAAACGGAGAAGCCCAAGCAGGAAACGGUCAUAAUUCUGGAAGAUUACGCUGAUCCUUACGAUGCCAAGCAGACCAAGGGCCAGAGAGAUGCUGAACGGUUGGAAGAGAAUGAUGGCUACAUGGAGCCGUACGAUGCCCAGCAGAUGAUAACCGAAAUCCGGAGACGUGGGUCCAAAGACCCCUUUGGAGGGAAAACUGUCUUGCUUCUGGAUGAACCAGGAACCAAGGGCGACGCAGCUGUCAAAGUCCCCACUGCAAAACCCCUGCAGCUCUACGAUACCCCUUACGAGCCGGCCGAGACAGGGUCCAGGUUCGAGAUCCGCCUCCCUUCGAACGAUGAGCGCCCCCCGGCCGAGUACGAACAGCCAUGGGAGUGGAAGGAAGACCAGAUUGUCAAAGUUCUCUCAGGGCAGUUUGAGGGUUCGGAGAAGACCAUGGCAGCUGCUGAGAUGAUUACCUUGCCACCGCAGCAUCACCCCUGCCGGAGAAGCUGGCCGUCUAAGAUGGUGAAAUCCCCCGCGGGCAUCGAACCGGGCACGGACGGAGAACGGGUGGAUUCGGCCCUCGUCCUGGAGAAACAGCCCUGGUUCCAUGGCUCCAUCACCCGAGCUGAGGCCGAGAGCCGGCUGCAGCUGUGCCCAGAGGCGGGCUACCUUGUGCGCACCAGCGAGAUGGGCCCCAGCAAGUAUUCUAUCGCCCUCAAGACAAGCCAGGGUUGCGUUCACAUCAUCGUGGCCCAAACGAAGGAUCACAAAUACACUUUGGACCAAGCCGGUGGCCUCUUCAACAGCAUCCCCGAAGUGGUGGGCUAUUAUUCCACCGAGAAGCUCCCCUUCAAAGGAGCAGAACAUAUGACUCUGCGUUAUCCAGUCUCUGUUCCAAGCAAGAUCCCCUAAUCUACACAUCUACCUAGCCUGGGGGCUGCGCCCACUGGAGAAACGCUACGGAAACUGGAGAGAGGGUGCAGUUGAUGGGGAGUUCACCCCACGCCAUUCCUCCACUUCACCUGGAGACAAAGAUCUGCCUUCCUUUUUUUUGCCGCAUCCAGUUCCGUUCUCCAGCAAGAUUCCACAUGUCCCUGUUUGAUAUUAUAGGAAUGUGGCCACCCUCGAACAUUACUAAAUUCUUGGGGGAGAGGGGGGGAAGCAAAGGCAGGAGGCAAGGCCCCACCCUUGCCAGAUGCUGAAUGGAUAGGAACGGAUGGAGUCGAACCCCCACCUUUCAGCUGCCUAAAGCCAACACCGAUCCUUUCCCGAGCCAGAUUCUUGGAGUUUUCUUUAGCGAGAUUUAUUGAGAAGAAGCUCAGCUCCAUUGAAAGCAAGUCGUCUCCAUGUACGC